GAAGUGCAUCAUCUAAAAUAUCAGAUUAUCUUUCUUCUUCAAGUUUUCAUCUCAAGUAUCAGAUUGCUUUAAUUUUAGCUCCUGGUGCAUUCAGAGAAACAGAGAUGGACUCCACUUCUUUUGUUGCUGCUGUUGAUACUGAUAUCCCCCCUCUUCAAGAAAAGUACGAUGUGUUUCUUAGUUUCAGAGGUGAAGACACACGCAAGACUUUUACCAGCCAUCUUCACGCGGCUUUACUUCGGAAGAACAUUGACACCUACAUAGAUCGCAGGCUCGAGAGAGGAGAUGAAAUUGCUCCUGCCCUUCUAAAAGCAAUCGAGAGAUCGAAAAUUGCACUAGUCAUUUUCUCAGAAGACUAUGCUUCUUCCACAUGGUGUUUGAAAGAACUUGUGCAUAUACUUGGAUGCAAGAAAAGCCAUGGACAGAUUGUUAUACCCAUUUUUUAUCGCAUAGAUCCAUCACAUGUACGAAAACAGCAGGGAACUUGUGCACUUGAAGAUCGUCCACUUAAGCGCAGUAGGGAUGAGGUGGCCAACUGGAGGGCUGCUUUGGAGGAAGCAGCCAAUAUGUCUGGGUUUCCUUAUUCCAGCAGAACAGGGAGGACAGAGGCCGAUUUUGUUGAGGAAGUUGUCCAAGAUGUUUUGACCAAAUUGAAUCGGGAAUCGUCAAGUGAUUUGAGGGGCCUGUUUGGAAUUCAAAGGAAAAUUGAGAAAAUUGAGUCGUUAUUAUGCUUGGAUACACCAGGUGUUUGCUGUGUAGGUAUUUGGGGCAUGGGUGGUAUUGGCAAGACCACCCUCGCUGAUGCUGUAUUUCACAGGCACUCCUCUAAAUUUGAAGUUUGUUGUUUUCUUGCAAAUGUCAGGGAGAACUCAGAACAAACGAAUGGACUACAUCAGUUGCGAAAUAAACUUGUUGGUGAGAUAUUAAAGGAAAAAGAUGUAAAUAUCGACACUCCGUCCAUACCACCUCAUAUUCAAGUUAGGCUCGGGCGUCCUAAGGCGCUCAUUGUUCUUGAUGAUGUGAAUGCUCGAAAACAACUAGAAUAUCUUGUUGGUGAUGAUGAUCGGUUUUGCCAAGGAAGUCGAAUCAUUAUAACUGCUAGAGAUAAAGGCCUACUUGAGCAAAAAGUUGACCAAGAAAAGAUAUACAGUGUUGAGGGAUUAGGUUCUGAUGAAGCUCUUGAGCUCUUUCACUCGCAUGCUUUUGGAAAUAAGUCCCCAACAACAGAUUACACUGAGUUGUCAAGAGAGGUGGUGGAUUAUAUUAAGGGCAUUCCAUUAGCUCUUAAAGUUAUGGGGUCCUCAUUCCGUCGUUGCAAGAGCAAACAAGAGUGGGAAGUUCAAUGGAAAAAAGUGAAACAAUUUCCAAACGAAGAAAUCGAUCAAGUGUUGAGAAUAAGUUACGAUGGAUUAGGAAAAAAUGAGAAGGAGAUAUUUCUUGAUAUAGCAUGUUUUCAUAAAGGCUAUUUGAGGAAAGAUGUAGAAAUAAUUUUAGAUAGUUGUGAUUGCUUUGGGGAAGUGGGAAUCAAUGAUCUUAUUGAUAGGUCUCUCAUAUCAAUUUCACAAGAUAUGAGGUUUAAAAAAUUGGGAGAGGCAUCCUCAGGAGGACAGAUAGUAGAGAUGCAGUCAGUAGAACGGAUAGAGAUGCAUGAUUUGGUGCAGGAAAUGGGUAGGGCAAUUGCUCGAAAACAAGGCAGUAGGUUGUUUAAUGCAGAUGAUGUCUAUAAUGCGUUGACAAAUAACCAGAGAGAUGGACAUGUUCAAGCCAUAUCCUUUGACAUGGAUGAGAUUGAAAAGCCACGCUUGAAAGAUGCAAACUUCAAAAAGAUGUAUCAACUCAGAUGGCUACGUGUUAGUUCUCCAGAUCGUUGGAGUGGUUCUCUUCAUCUUCCCAAUUCUCUUAGAUAUCUUGACUGGGUGGGAUAUCCUUGGGAAUCUUUGCCAUCAAAAUUUUCUGCUCAAAAUCUUCUUGCCCUUGAUACGCCGCACAGUGACUUUGGGGUGCUACUGUGGAAUGAAGACCAGAGUCCAGUGAACUUAAAACGUGUCAAUCUUCAGUUCUGCCGAUAUCUAACUGAAGUCCCAAAUCUCUCUCAGUGUCUAAAUAUUGAGCAUAUAGAUCUGGAAGGCUGUGAAAGUUUGGUUGAAAUUCCUUCGUAUUUUCAACAUCUUGGCAAGCUUACUUAUCUUAACCUUUCGAGGUGCUACAAGAUCAAAAAUCUUCCCGAGAUGCCAUGCAAUCUUGAAUUCUUAGAUUUGUCUUGGACAAGAAUUGAGGAAUUGCCUUCAUCAGUUUGGUCUCACGAAAAAAUAUCUCACUUAGAUAUUAGAAAUUGUGGACACCUUAAGAGUCUUCCAAGCAACAGUUGUAAGCUGAAACUUUCGAAUUCUUUUGGUCUAAAGGGCUGCAAAUCUCUUUGCGAGAUGUGGGAGCUUCCCAGGAAUACAACAGUGCUAGAGCUGAGUGGUACAACAAUAAAAGAAUUGAGGAAUACAUCAAUAGAAUCUCUUGUUCGUCUCACUGCAAUUGAACUGAUCGAUUGCAAAAGCCUUGUGAGUCUUCCAACGAACAUUUGGAAGUUGAAAUCUCUGGAGAGCCUUUAUCUCAGUGGUUGCUCUAACUUUCAACACUUCCCAGAAAUCUCAGAGGCUAUGGAACAUCUGGAGUUUCUAAAUUUAUCAGGUACAAUGGUGAAAGAGGUACCCCCAUCAAUUGGAAAUCUAGUUGCGCUUCGAAAAUUAGAUCUCAGUGGUUGCUCUAAAUUUCAACACUUCCCAGAAAUCUCGGAGGCUAUGAAACAUCUGGAGUUUCUAAAUUUAUCAGGUACAAUGGUGAAAGAGGUACCCCCAUCAAUUGGAAAUCUAGUUGCGCUUCGAAAAUUAAAUCUGAGUAUGACCGAAAUUAAGAGCAUACCUGCAAGCAUCAAACAAGCUGCUCAGCUGUCUCACCUGUGCCUCAAUGGUUGCAAGAGCCUUGAAUCUUUACCAGAGUUCCCCCCAUUGCUGCAAUGUCUUGAAGUAUCAGCUUGCAUAUCACUGAGGACAGUGUCAAGUUCAAGCACUGCACUCGCACAAGGUUGGGAAAAAUAUAUAUUUUCUCAAGGGCUUCAUGAGAAACAUGUAUUUUCUGAUUGCAGAAGAUUGGAUGAGAAUGCACGAAGCAACAUAUUGGGUGAUGCACAGCUCAGAAUUAUGCGGAUGGCAACUGCAUCGUCGAAGUUUAAAGAUGACAAAAUUGAACAACCAUCAUAUGAUUCGGAUGAUAGCUAUGAUGAUUUUGUAGAGGAACAACCAUCAUAUGAUUCGGAUGAUAGCUAUGAUGAUUUUGUAGAGGAAUUUUCACUCAAGAGAUCUUUUGUUGCCAUUAGAUGUUGUGGGAAUGAAAUUCCAAAAUGGUUCAGCCAUAAAAGUGAGGGAUGUUCAAUAAAGAUUGAGCUUCCUCGUGAUUGGUUUAGCACAGAUUUCUUGGGUUUCGCUCUAUCUUUUGUUGUUGUUGCUGCUACACGUUGCAUGGAGAUUGGAUGCAAGUACAACUUCAAAACUAGUAAUGGUGAAAGCCAUGAAGUCAGCCAUUAUUUGUAUAAUCUGUUCCCCACUGAUAGUACCCUUCCAAUUGUGGAAGAUUCAAAUGGGGUGUUUGUGUGGUGGUAUAAUAAUGUCUUUGAAGAAGUUGUAAAGGGAGCUGAAAGCCCCACUGCGUUUUACAAACUUGUUACUGAGGUCAAUGUUGACUUCGCCGUAAGCCCCGAACUCUUUCAGAAGGUGGAAAAGUGUGGGAUAUGUCUGUUGUAUGGCAAAGAUGCUGAGAUGAUAAAGCAGAGGGCUUUGUAGAUCAAGCCGAUAUCCCUAAAUUCAAAAUUUCAGUUUAUUUGAGCUGUUUGCAAGACUUGUGGCUGAGGAUGCUUUUUGAGUUUCUUAGGCUUAGGGAUGUCUUUCUUGUUUUAACCCUUCGUCCUCUCCAUCGCCAAGCUUUUUGUCUGAGGAUGCUUUUGAGUUUAGUUUCUCACGGUCAUGCCCCAUGUAAUUUUCUUCAUUGAAUUCAACUAUUAAAUUGUUAAAAGUUAACAGUAUUAAAUUUUGCAUCAAUUGGAUUUCUGCUUCAA